GACGCACAGCGCGCACCGGCGGCUCCCGCGCCUCCCUGGCUCCCCGCCGCCCGCGGGUCCGAGCGCGCAGCGGGGCCCCGGCCGCCAUGAGCUGCUCCGGCCGCCGGCGCCCGCAGCCCACCCGCCGCGCCGCCUUCGGCGUCAAGUCGCCAGCGCCCGAGGAAACUUAUAAUCAUCUCUUGGAAGUCGCAGUUACUCGGGAGCAGUUAAACCACUAUCGGAAUGUGGCCGAGGCUGCCCGGAGUGAACUUGCAGCAACUCUGGUCAAAUUUGAAUCUGCUCAGUCUGAGCUUCGAAAACUGCGAUCCAAGAUGCUUUCCAAAGAAGUUUCCUGUCAAGAGUUGAAAGCUGAAAUGGAGAACUACGGAGAAAACAAUGCCAGAGAAUCGUCUCUCCUCACCUCUUUGAGAGACAGAGUUCAGGAGCUAGAAGAAGAAUCAGUGGCACUCUCCACUUCUAAAGUUAGAACUAAAAUCACAGCUCAGUCUGCAGUCAAGGAGAACCAGGAGUUAAAGAAGAAAGUUGUAGAACUGGACGAGAAAUUGCAAAAAUGUUUAAAGGAAAACAAGGAGAAUAAGGAUCAAGUCUCACAGAAUUGCAGGGAACAUGAGGAAUUUCUGGCUUAACUUCAUGACUGCUUAGAUCCAGGGAAGAAGAAUGAAAAGGCAUCAGAUGAAGAUUUAAUUCUAAAGCUUGGAGAGCUGUGCAAGGAAAACGCAUUCGUGAAAGGACAAAUCGUUACUCUUGAAGAGACUAAAAAUGUCCAUGAGAUGGAGGCAAAAGCUAGCAGAGAAACAAUCAUGACUGCUUCAGAAGUAAACAGAGAGCAGAAAGAAGCUGCCUCCUGCGUGGAAGAGAAAGAGAAGCUGAACCAGGACUUGCUCAGUGCUGUAGAGGAGAAAGAAGCUCUUGAAAGGGAAGUUAAGAUCCUCCAGGAAAGGCUGCUUGCUGGCCAGCGGGUCUGGGAUGCCUCAAAGCAGGAGCUGAACCUCUUGAAGAGAAGCCCUCUGGAGUUGGAGAAGAGUUUGAAGGCUGGUGUGGAUGCAGCCACAGCCUCGCAGAGCGAGUACUCCUCAUGUAGGGAGAAAAUUGCAGCCCUCCUGAGGAGCAGCUCGGGCACGCUUAGGCCCACGGAGGAUGCCAUUCUGGAGAGGAUUCGAGAAAUGGGCGACCGGGAAGAGAGCGGGAAACGGAUGGUCUUCCAGCUUGAAGCCCAAAUAUCUGAGCUUGUUGAACAGUUGGGAAAUGAGUCUGGGUUUCACCAGAGAGCUCUACAGAGAGCCCAGAAAGCAGAAAAGAAGUUGGAGACUCUUCAGGGUCAGCUGACACAUCUGGAGGGAGAGCUGGUCUCUGGAGACGUUUUGCGAGACAACUUGAAUUUCGAGAAGCAAAAAUAUCUUAAAUUUCUGGAUCAGCUUUCAGAGGAGAUGAAGUUGGACCAGAUGGCUGCUGAACUUGGCUUCGACACGCGUCUGGAUGUGGUUUUAGCUCGCACAGAGCAGCUGGUCCGCCUCAAGAGCAGCACAGUCAUUGAAAACAAGACGGUCGCCUACAGUUUACAGAGAAAGCUAAAGACUCAGAAAGAAAGACUGGAGAGCAAAGAGCUGCACGUGAACCUCCUCCGGCAAAAAGUAGCCCAGCUGGAGGAGGAGAAGCAGGUGCAUUUGGCAUCGGCCGUGGAGAGGGACGAGGGCAAUGCCACCAUCAGGAAGUUGCAGAAGAAGGUGGAGAGGCUGCAGAAGGAGCUGAGUGUGUGUCGAGAAUCGAACACUGACCUCAAAGCCAAACUGGCUGACACCAAUGAGGUUCAGAUUAAAACUUUGGAACAGACCAAAGCUAUUGAAGACCUAAAUAAAUCCAGAGACAAACUGGAAAAGAUGAAGGAGAAUACUGAGAAAAAGCUACUGUCUGUCAAAUCAGAAUUGGAGACUACAGAGCAUGGGGCUAAGGAGAGUAAAGAGAGGGCCAGAAACAUGCUAGAAGUGGUAACCAGUGAAAUGAAGACAUUAAAAAAAUCUCUGGAAGAAGCAGAAGAGAGAGAAAAGCAGCUGGUGGACUUCAGGGAGGUGGUUUCUCAAAUGCUGGCCUUGAACAUGACCAGUCUCGCUCUUCCUGACUAUGAAAUCAUCAAAUGUCUUGAAAGACUGAUCCAUUCACACCAGCAUCACUUUGUCACCUGUGCCUGCCUCAAAGAUGUGACCACAAGGCAAGAUGGACACCCACAAGGCCACUUACAACUUCUUCAUUGAACACCAUAUCUCUUGAGGGAGGUGGAGAUGAGAGAUAGGACAGAGUUCUCAAUUUCACAAAUUCCCCAAACCUUUGAAGUUUGAUCAGUGUGUGAACAUCGUAUACUUUGAUGAUAGAGCAAGAAUCGAUCAUGGGCAAAAAAGGAUCUCAAAGGUGCCAGCCUUAGGUAAAUGUUUGGCGCUAAAAUCACCUAUUAUUUUAUUUGCUAGCACUUUGGGACCCAGAUGAAUUUCACUAGAUUGUGUAUCUAGAAUGGGAAAUGACGGUAGGGGAUUAACAAUUAUGGGGUUUCCAUUAUGAGUCAGGAGUUCUACUACCCAAUUUAAUUCUCAUAAUAACCAUGUGGAGAAACUUUAAUGUUUUUACUUUACAACCUCUCUGGGGCUUGAGAGGUGAUCUUGGUUACCUACCUAUGAUUGCAGUUAGUUAGUGACAGAACCAGAAUGAACACCAGGUUGGCUCAGUAUCAAAGACUGCACCUUCUCUGUUAUUUCACAGUCCUACUGUUUCUCCUGAAAUUCCUGCGAUUCUGGUGGAAAUUGCCUUCAUCACAAAGGAAGAAAAACAUCUGUACAAUCAAGGAUUGAAGUCCAAAAGUGACUGAGAUUUAUGAGUGUAACCCACAUGAUUUCUUUAAAAAGCCAUACACGGGUUUCCCUGGUGGCUCAGUGGUUGAGAGUAUACCUGCCGAUGCAGGGGACGUGGGUUCGUGCCCCGGUCCGGGA